AUGGGCUGGGACGGCCAGCCCCGGCCUGGAGCUGCCCGCUUCCGCGGCCCCGGGGCCCCUGCUGACCCCUUAGGCGCCGGCCGUUUGCGGCCGCUGACGGACCAUGUCCCGGGAGCCGAGGGGGCAGCCAGAGGGCACAGGUGUCGGGGCGGGGGUCUCCCCGGCGCCCCCCUUGGCAGCUCUGGAGGGAGCCCCGCCUCCGGGCCGGGCGGUGGCGGAGCAGAGAGAGGCCCUUCCCUGGCAGCGGCUGCCGGGGGCACCGCGGGCCAGCUCCCCGCAGCCUCCGCGCCUCCCUCCUCGCAGCGCCCCGGGCCGGGGGACGGUGCCGGGACCCGCCCGCCCGGGCCCGCCUUACCUGCCACCUGGCGCCAGGUGGGCCGCGGCUGGGCGCUGCGCUGCACUCCGCUCGGCGCGGCUCAUGGGCACCCACUGCCCAGCCGCCUGCCCGCCCGGCCGCUCGGGCGCCGCCGCCGCUGCCGCAGCAAGGUCGCACGGAGGGAGGCGGGGCCGCCCCGGGUUGACGCGACCUCCCCGCCCCGCCCCAGGGCCCGCCUCCAGAGGCGAGGCUCCUCCCCGCCCAUCGCCGUUCCAUCCCGAGGUCUCGCCCGCAGAGCAAAACUCCGCCCCCGACGCGUCCUGCCCCUCCGACACGCCCCCACAGCCCGUCCCUUACUGAGACCCCGCUCCGCCCCCGCAGCCGCCCCUUUCGGAGGCCCCUCCUUCACAAUGACUCGUCCUGCCCGAAGGCCCGCUUCGGCUCGCCUCCACCUGGGCCCCGCCCUUACGUUGACCAUCGUCCCCGCCCAGGACACGCCCCUUGAUAGUUCGCCUAGCCACGGUCUCCGGUCCUCCUUGGUCCCUGAUCUCCUACGCUCCUCCCGGCCGCAGAGGGCCCCGCCCCGCCCCCAUGACCUGCCCCAUCACGAGGCCACUCCUACCCCUAGCAGCUUCAUCCGUCCUGAAGUCCCGCCUCCAGAGUAUAGGCUCUGGCCCCACGACCUCUGUGGCUCCGCCCCUGCCAUAUGGAGGAAGGGGCCGCCUGAAUUCCGCUCCAGAGCCUAUCCAGUCCAGCGACCCCAUCCUGGACACGCCCCCUGA